CCAACUGUAACUGAAGAUAUAUUAACAGAUGAUGGUAUUAUUGAAGCAGUAAUAGAUAAAUUUUGUGAAGACAAAGAUAAUUAUAAUAAUGAUGAUGACAAACUACCACCAUCUCAAUAA